AAAAUAACCCUCCCAUUUCUCUUCCUCGGCGUCGUCGAUUUCUCACGGUGGUUCAGGAGAGAAAAAACACACAAUAGAGGCUGAGGAUCACUGAGGAGAAGAGAUUGAGAUCUCUCUCCCUCACUGCCAUUGGGUUUCAGAUCUGUUGAGAGAUUGAUGAGCAGUGGAAUCGAAAGGAGCAACUGCUGAUUCGAGGUUUUCAGUAGAUCCGCAAGUUCAAUCUCAAGCUUCAAGUACUCUGAGUGGGACAAUGAAUUAUAUUUUGCGGGCUACUCAAAUUCAACCUGUAGCUCCAGAGUUGCCCAGCGUUGAUGAAGUUGAACCCCAGGAGACCUUGCAACCUAUGUCUAAACCAGUCACUACUCUGGAGGGCCUGAUUGCAGAAGACCCAUAUCCAAAUCACCCAAUUAAUGAUAAUAUCGAGAAAGAGACAGAGGGCAUUGGGGAUGCAAGUGCAGUAGCUGCAGAUUCAGGUUUAAAAAACCACAUUUCCAUUGGAAACCACUCUGAUGUCACUGAAGAUGAAGGAUGGAUAACGAUCCCAUGUGAGAAACUUCCUAAUGAUUGGUGUGAUGCACCUAGUAUCCAUGAGUUGCGUUCUCUGGAUCGAUCUUUCAUUUUUCCCGGUGAACAACUUCAUAUUCUGGUAUGCUUAUCAGAGUCUAAACAAGACUCAGAAAUUAUCACUCCAUUUAGAGUUGCUGCAGUGAUGACUAAAAAUGGUCAUUCUGCCCAAAGUGGUAAACGUAAAAUGAAGAUUUUAGAAAAUAAAGCUUAUUCUGAAAAUGCAAAAGAGGAUGCAAAUGGUGUACAUGAGGAAGCCACUGGACAAGUUGUUGAAGAAAAUAGCAGCUCUGUGUCAACAAAUGAGGACAACCCUAGGUCAGAUAUUUCUGCUACCGAGUCUUUCCUUCGGAUGGAGGACCAUAAACAACGAACUGAGACCUUGCUGGCAAGAUUCAAAAAUUCAACUUUCUUUGCAAGAAUUGCUGGGUCAGAUGAGCCUCUGUGGUCCAAAAGAAGUAAAUUAGAAAUUUCAGAGGGAAGAUCUCAUUCAAAUGAUGAGGGAGCAAGAAAGAUUUCAAGAGACAAUCUUCAUAAUGCAGUUAUUGACCAAGGAGGUUUUGAUGGUGUUACAUCUGGUGGAGUUGCUAGAGAUACUGUCAAAUGCUACUUGUUGUCCAAUGGUGAUAUAGUGGUUGUUUUACAAAUAAAUGUUGGGAUUAGUGAUGUAAAAGAUCCUGUUCUUGAGGUGCUUCAAUUUGAGAAAUAUCAGGAUAGUGAUCUGGCAAUCAGGGGCCCUGAUAAUUUACUUGCUUCAAAUCUGGAGGAUCCAUGUCGAGAGCUUCUUAGUUGGUUGCUCCCCAUUGAUCGUUCUCUCCCUCCUCCCAGACCACUAUCACCUCCUUUGGGCUCGACUCCGGGCAUAGGACCUGUUCACCAGAGGUCUUCGUCAUCGGGUUCACAACUUUUCUCAUUCAGUCACUUCAGAAGCUACUCAAUGCCAUCUCUUCCUCAAGCUGCUGUGCCACCUACCCAGGCUAUUCCACCGAGUCCUAAACCUGCUUUUGAUCUUGAAGAGUUGGAUCGCUUUUCACCAGAGAAGCCAAUGAGAAGUCAUGAUAUUGGGAAUGAGGGCCUUCUAUCUUUUCGAGGUGUCGCUUUGGAGCCUGAACGAUUUUCUGUGCAUUGUGGGUUAGAAGGCAUCUUUUUACCUGGCAGGAAGUGGAGGAGGAAGCUUGAAAUUGUUCAACCCAUAGAAAUAAGUUCUUUUGCUGCUGAAUGUGCUACAGAAGAUCUUCUUUGCGUUCAAAUAAAGAAUAUUUCUCCUGCUCAUUUGCCAGACCUUGUAAUUUUUUUGGAUUCAAUAACUAUCGCCUUUGAGGAGGCAUCAAAAGGUGGCCCGCCGCUAUCUCUGCCCAUUGCAAGUAUUGAAACAGGGAAUGCUCACAGCUUACCAAAUCUUGCCCUCAGGAGGGGUGAAGAACAUUCCUUAGUACUGAGACCAGCAACAACAAUGGCCAGGGAUUUUUUUAAAGCAAAGGGGGGCUCAAGUGGUCUACCUCCACAUCCUAAGAUUGGUGCAGCAGCAACAUCUUCUCAUCAGAUAUCCAGGGUUAGUGAAGGGAUUCGAUCAUCUUCUAAUGAAGAUCGAUUUGCAGUGUUGGUAUCAUGUCGAAGCAACUGCAGUGAAUCAAAACUAUUCUUCAAACAACCAACAAAUUGGCGGCCUCGUGUUGCAAGGGAUCUUGUGAUUUCUGUAUCAUCAGAAACAAAAGAACAAACUUGUGGACCGAUUGGAAGAGUGCCGCAACUCCCAGUUCAGGUGCUAACCCUUCAAGCUUCCAAUUUAACAUCUGAAGAUCUCACCUUAACAGUCAAUGCUCCAAUAUCAUCCACAUGCCCUCCUUCAGUUGUGCCACUGAAUUCUACUCCAACUAUGCCCUUGGACACAACUGGUAUUCCGGAGGUCACAACAAGAGCUGGUGGUGGGGAUAAGCGGGCAGUCACCACACAACGACUGAGUUCUAUGCCAACCGUGAUGGAGAAUCAAAACGAUACCACCGGUGGGGGACAUAGAUCAUUCUCUCUUGGGCAGCAUACGACAACAACCUCCGAUGUCAUUUCAAGCAGUGAUUCGGGAUGCACACAUUUGUGGUUGCAGAGUAAAGUGCCCUCUGGGGUAAUCUCAUGCACCUGUGUUCCUGCACAUUCCAGUGCUACAGUCAAGCUUGAGUUGCUUCCAUUGACCGAUGGAAUUAUUACCCUCGACACUCUACAAGUAGCAAUCAAGGAGAAAGGCCUGACUUAUGUUCCAGAGCAACCAUUGAAAGUCUACUCAACAUCUAGUAUCGCAACCGGUUUUGUGUAGAUCUCUCACAUCUCCAGUUUCAAUUGUGUUUGGUAUUCACAAACACACUGGCCAACUAAGAUACAAACAAAACGAGGUUUUUGUAUUCGUAUGCAUCGAUACAGUUUGUGCCAAGUACCUUUGCCGGCAUUCCAUCACUGCUGCAUCUUAUGACAUAAAGAGACUGAGAAGAGUGGUUAUACAGAGACUGCAUCCAAUUUGGUCAGAAGCCUGAAUUUGUAUAGCCAUUUUCAUUCAUUAGUGUUAUUCCGACAACAUUUUUACGAUAGAAAACUUUGAAGUUUGAAUAUAUGCACCUUUGGAGAUUUCGGAUU